AUGGCAGAAACCGAAAUACCAGCUGCUCCUCGCAAAAGAGGGCGCCCUCGUACCGUGACUGAUGAUCAAGAAGUGCCGGAGCGACGUCGCAAACAACUUCGAGUAGCACAGCAGGCCUACCGUCGACGAAAGGAGACUACUAUCAAUAACCUUCAGACCCGUGUACAUGAGCUAGAAGCCGGUAUUGAAGAUCUGAGCCAGUCAUUCCUGACUUUCAGCAAUCUUCUUUUAGGCGAGGAUCUCCUCAGUAGUCACCCUCGUGUUGCAUCUGCUCUUCAGAAGAUCACGCAACUAUGUGUAGCACUUGCCAGGCAGGGAUGCGACGAUACCGAUGCAACUCCAGUCGAGGCUGAAGUUGAUGCCGAGGUUGAGAUUGAUACCGAUACACAAGCCAAUACGAGUACUACCCCGGAAACAGAAACAAAUCUAGACUUUGAUGCGGAAAUCGUGCGCUCCGAUACUUCAUUCAAUGGACAGUCAUUAUUCCCAGCUUUAACACCAUCAUGGGAGGGUUUACCUCCCACACCACCCUAUCAAGAACAAGCAGUCCUGCCAUUUGGAAUCGUCUUAUCAGCAUCGCCUUUCGACUCGCAAACCUUGAAUACAACACCAACUUUCUCCUCCAUAACCGGAAGUCCCGGAAAGGGUGAAGGGCGCUCAAUAUCACACCGUCUCGUCAGAGCAUGCUGUCAGAAUGGCUACAGUUUACUUGUGAACUCACCCGAUAGUACGAAAAUACCCGAGAUCUUCGGUGCGCCUCUUUCCACGUCUGAGCGUAACCGACUCAUUUCGGGCUUCUAUAUUGCCAUGCAUGACCAGGUCGGAGACUCGAUUGAGCCUCGUACAAUGGUUCUCUCCCCUUUGCAGACGGGUAAAAACGCGUACUCAGUCGACCACUUUGCUCGCACAUCGAGAACGUGGCAGCUGAUCAUUGAGUCUAAGGAUUCCUGGCUGGAUGCUAACGGAGUGCAAAGGGUUUUGGCAGAGAAAGGAAUCAGUACUCAUGGCUCGAUGAAUUCGAGUCCACGCUUGAAUUAUUCUAAUUUCAAUACUUCGGCUUUUAUAAAAUUACUCUCUAUUACGUGUGUUUGCGUUGGUGCUGGACCGGCCUUCCGACGACGAGAUGUUGAGGAAGCAUUUGACUAUGCAACUUCUGAUAGCUCUUUCGGCGCACAUCCAACCGUUGUACGCGAAGUACAGCGCAAGUAUAUGGACAUCGCCGAUUUACGACCUGAUCCGUAUGUCCGCGUUCACCAUGCAGAAAUCUUAGACGAAUCACGCAAAGAAGUCGCUAAGAUAAUCAAUGCGCGCAAGGACGAAUGUGUAUUUGUCAAGAAUGCCACCACGGGCGUCGCAACUGUGCUGCAAAAUUUGAAUUUCCAGCCCGACGAGACCGUGGUCUACUUCCAGUGUGUCUAUGGCGCUGUGGAAAAGGGCAUUGUAUCGAUGCAGGAGCGCAACCCAUUACAAGCGCGGAAGGUGGUCUUCAACUUCCCCAUCGCCAAGGAUGAACUCGAACGCCUGUUCCGCGAGACUGUUCGUCAGGCCCGUGAGGACGGUCUCAAGGCCCGCGCUGCUGUCUUCGACACUAUCGUCAGCAUGCCAGGAGUCCGUUUUCCUUUCGAGCGGUUUGUUGAAAUUUGCCGCGAUGAAGGAAUACUGAGCGUGAUUGACGGAGCGCAUGGAAUUGGCCAUAUCCCUCUUGACAUGGAAGAACUGCAGCCGGACUUCUUCACUUCAAAUUGUCACAAAUGGCUCUACACACCUCGCAGCGCAGCCGUGCUCUACGUCCCCAAGCGAAAUCAGCACCUCCUGCGCACGACUCUGCCCACUUCAUGGGGAUAUAUUCCCGCGCCCACAUCUAACACCAAGACAAUGGCAUCGGUAAUGAGCGACCCGAACCGACCCAAUUCAACGACCCCCUUCGAGGAACUCUUCCAAUUUGUCGCGACAACCGACGAUUCUGCGUACCUAUGCGUCCCGGCCGCUUUGAAAUUCCGACAAGAAGUCUGCGGAGGAGAAGAAGCCAUCAUGGCAUAUACGCACAGAGUUGCCAACGAGGGCGGAGAUGCAGUUGCCGCUGCACUAGGCACAGAAGUAUUGCAGGAGCCAGAUCUUAAGCCUGGCGAGGAGAGCGACAUGCGCAAAUGUGCUCUGUCUACUAUUCGUAUGCCUAUCGGUGUUUCUGUUGAUGGAGCUGAAGUCCCCGGGUCUUCGAUCACUUUGUCUGUGGAAGAGGCUGCUCGUGUUGCAGCGUGGUUCCAACGUAUGUUGAUGGAUGAAUAUGACACAUUUGUGUGUGUUUUCACCCAUGGUCCUUGGCUUUGGGUUCGUAUUAGUGGGCAGAUCUAUUUGGAGAAGAGUGAUUUUGAGUGGCUUGGUGGUGUUUUGCGUGAUUUGUGCGAGAAAGUCGUUAAGAAGGAGUAUUAA